AUGAAGACUUCCAUCUCCUCAGACGUUUGGGACAAGAAGAAGGCGUUGAUCGCCCGGUUGUAUAUGGAGGAGGAAUGGCCCUUGAAGCAGGUCAUCAAGCAGAUCCGUUCCGAUGACUUCAAUCCCAGUGAAACCCAACUACGCAGCCGAUUGAAGAAGUGGCGGGUCACCAAGCCCUCCCGCCAGACCAGAAAGAAGAGCCAUGCCUCCUCAAGCGACGAUGCGGAGGACAUGUCUCGCAAGUCCUCAAUUCAACGGCCUCUGCCCUCAUUACAACGAGAGAUCCGCCACGAAUGGCCCGCUCAACCCAUCUUUGAAGACCGCAAGUGGUCCGACCCCAUGGCCCAACAACUUACCCCAAGCCCCUCCGGCGAGCACGUCCUCGCUUCAGACCGCUCCAUCUACCAACAUCCCAGCCCCACCACCUCCUUUGAGCAACCCGGCACCUCGCCCGUCGGCGAGAGUCUCAUCCUCAACACCACUGUGCCCCCAUACAGCAACUCAGCCUACCCCCUCUCUCCAGAAUCCUGUCUCCCCAGCCCGGGAACCACAACACCAGGUCUCGCCUGGCCCCCGCGCUCCGUCUCAGCAGACUACGGCCUCAACUCUGCGCAAUGGUACUCCCUGCCCUUCGAGGCCAUCACCCCCCCUUCGGGCGUGCCACAGUCCGCCCCGCCCAUGAACCCCUCAAUCAAUGGAUACAUGCCCCCGGGCCAAUAUCAACAAUAUCCCUAUCCCGAAGGGGACUUCCAUUAUGAUAAGGCGGCCUGGCGCCGCGCUAUGUCCCUGCAAUAUGAUAUGCAUGGCCACCCCGUUCCUGGGCGGGAGGGCGAGCGGAAAAUGCAACCUCAUCCCAUGGCUUCGCCUCACACACAGUCUGGGUCACAUCCUGCGAUGUGCGCUCCGAUCAUGCCUUAUAUGGGUGACAACUACGCUCAGAAGCCUCCAGGCAUCGGAUACUAG